CGUACGUUUUAUUAUUUUAUAUUUAUUUUAUGUUAGCAUACAAAGUAAUGUGUUACACUGUGGUAUUUUCAUAUAUGCGAUUGCACAAACUCUUGAAAAACAUUCAAGAAACAGCAAAGCGAGAACUAUGUCAGGGCGCAGGGCUUGGGAGCUGAAGAGGGAGAGCAGAGCGUCAGAAGGGAGAGGUUGCUGGGCGUUGUGUCAGCACCACUUGCUCCUCCCCCAGGAAGGACCCGCGACCCAGGGACUCUUAUUUUUGUGGUUUUGCUUGUCUGGCAUUAUCGACCCCAAGAUCUGAUUGCCUCUUUCAUUUGCCUGAAGGUGGAUAGGUGUGUCUCAGGAGGCGGAUUCUGGGUGGAGCCCUGGUCUUGUCUUUUCUUAUCUGGGAGACACCGUCCCUGGCAGUCUCUUGUUGGAAUGCGAAAUACGGAAUCUGCUGGAGACCUCACACUCAGGCUCUUGGUAGGCGAAGGAGCUGGAACACUGCACCUUCCCUUCCUCUGAGCCCUGCCUCCUGAGGCUGGGGCUCAGGAGAACUUUUCUAUCUGCUCCUGUGGGAACACAGCGGACGAUGAGGAGAAAAUAAUGAAUAUCAAGGGAAAAGUUGUCCUGUCGAUGCUGGUUGUCUCAACUGUGGUUGUCGUGUUUUGGGAAUAUGUCAACAGCCCAGAAGGCUCCUUCUUGUGGAUAUAUCACAUGAAAAUUCCAGAGGUUGGUGACAGCAGCAGGCAGAAGAACUGGUGGUGGCUCCCAAGCUGGCUUAACAAUGGGACCCACAGUUACCAAGAAGAGGACGUAGAAAGAGGGAGAGAAAAGCAGCAGAAGGAAGACAGCAUUGAAGAGCUUCGGCUGUGGGACUGGUUUAAUCCAAAGAACCGCCCAGAGGUUUUGACGGUGACCCCAUGGAAGGCGCCAAUUGUGUGGGAAGGCACUUAUGACAGAGCUCUGCUGGAAAAGUAUUAUGCCAGACAGAAAAUCACCGUGGGGCUGACGGUUUUUGCUGUGGGAAAGUACAUAGAGCAUUAUUUGGAAGAUUUUCUGGAGUCUGCUAACAGGUACUUCAUGGUUGGCCACAGGGUCAUAUUUUAUGUCAUGGUGGACGAUGCCUCCAGAAUGCCUUCUAUACACCUGAGUCCUCUGCAUUCCUUACAAGUGUUUGAGAUCAAGUCCGAGAAGCGAUGGCAGGACAUCAGCAUGAUGCGGAUGAAGACCAUCGGGGAGCACAUCCUGUCCCACAUACAGCACGAGGUCGACUUCCUCUUCUGCAUGGACGUGGAUCAGGUCUUUCAAGACAAUUUCGGUGUGGAGACUCUGGGCCAGUUGGUAGCUCAGCUCCAGGCCUGGUGGUACAAGGCCGAUCGUGACAAGUUUACCUAUGAGAGGCGGAAACUGUCGGCGGCGUACAUCCCGUUUGGGCAGGGGGAUUUUUAUUACCACGCAGCCAUUUUUGGAGGAACACCCAUUCACAUUCUCAACCUCACCCGAGAGUGCUUUGAGGGAAUCCUCCAGGACAAGAGCAAUGACAUCGAAGCAGAGUGGCACGAUGAGAGCCACCUCAACAAAUACUUCCUUUUCAACAAACCCACUAAAAUCUUAUCUCCAGAAUACUGUUGGGACUAUCAGAUAGGCUUGCCUUCAGAAAUUAAAAAUGUAAAGGUAGCCUGGCAGACAAAAGAGUAUAGUUUGGUUAGGAGUAAUGUCUGACUUCAAAUUGUGCUGGCAGGUUUCUAAAUUUGACAGAGAAUUAUUCUGGCUAAUUCCUCAAAAAAGUAAUAACAGUUGAUUUUACCUUAAAAAUCAAAACCAAAACCCACCAACAUGGCAAACACAUACUAUUUAUUUCUCCUUAUAACUUUGAGCCUUGUAAUAUGUGGGAAGGAGGUUAUGGCAAGUAAUCAAAUGUAAAUUCUCAGCGAUUUCUUAUAUAUUCUGGGUUUGGAGGAAAUACUACAUAAGCUGAAAUCAAAAUUAAUUUGCCAUAGGUAAAUACAAAGCCAGAACGUUCUACUCAGUAUGUCAGAUAGCUUACUGGAGAACAGGGUGCUAAGAGAAGUGCUUGGCAACAAGAUGGGCUGAUCGGCGUGAGGGGCACUAUCCCCUUGGCCUUCCUGGUAGGGAGGGUUCUAGAGCAACACGGAAAGACUUUGCAGCAGGAGAUCUGUAAUGAGGACACCUCGUGGUCUUCAAAGGCUUUCCAACUAAUGCAUCAGGCCACUGGCAGUUCAGACUCCAUUGGGCUAAUGUCUGGCUUCUGUCUAUAAGGAAGGUAGAGAGUACCAAUGGGUAUCAUGGUGGCACAUGUUCAGUGUCCCAGUAAAUUUGGGGCUGUCGACUUAGAGUUUGUGCUAUACUGGAGGGACAGGGCAUGGGUCAGUACUUGAACUGAGUUGCAAAUACAGGCAGCUUCUUAACGGUGCCUAAUAGCAGGAAUCGAAUGGAAGGCGCCUAAGUCAUAUUCCGUGUUGAGCACUGUGGUGAGAGGAGUGUGUGGCUUUAGGGAAGGAGAAGGCCGAAGUGGACUACAAGGACCUGAUUUCCAUGGGAAGACACUCUGUCAUCUGGUUCUACCACCUCUGAACCUCAAGCUUCCUCAGCCCAUCAUACUCCAGCAUGGAGGAUUGGAAUCAAGAGAAAGCCCUCCAUUGUGUGACCUCAUUUCCCCCUGUUCUGUCUGCACUAUCCAAGUGCAACAGCCAGACAGACGUACUGGACAACAUGGGCAGCUGACUCAAUAGCAAUGGGAGACCCAGUCACCAUAACUGAGCUGCUAAAUGUUCAGUUCCCUUCUCUGAGGGGACCUUAAAAUCUUCUAUAUUAUCAGUGGUUCUCAAACUGUGGGUCGUGUCCCUUACAGUGGUCACAUAUCAAAUAUACUGCAUAUCAGAUAUUUACGUUAUGGUUCAUAACAGUAACAAAGUCACAAUUAUGAAGUAGCAACAAAUAAUUUAAUAAAUUAAUAAAUUGACAUGAGGAACUGUAUUAAAGGAUUGCAGCAUUAGGAAGGUUGAGAACCACUGCUCUGUAUGGUAACUUAAGCAAAUCAGUAUAAAGGGGGUUGUCAGUCUGUGUUUCCAUAUGUCCGUAUAUUUAUAUUUUGCUUGUCUUCCAGUUGUGUCAUCUGUUUCCAUUUUCAAGCAAUUUAUUUAAAAUGCCAUUGCACUGUCUUGAGGUAUGGUGUGAAGGGCUUCAAUAAAAAAGGAGCUUGCAUUUUGUCUACAGUGAACCACCUCUUACUCUUCAAUAGUUUAAAAAAAAGUCCCAUACCCAGCAGCAACAAACCACCCCCCCAAAAAAAAAUUCCCAGAUUUGUGGGAUUGCGAAAGGAAGUAGAGACAACACAUUGGCUAAGAUCUCUGCCUCUCUGUCACUCAGGUUGUGCGGGAUCUGGUCUAAAGUGGGAGAGUUUAAUGUCUUAAGUCUUGAAUCAAAGAAAUGAUCUGUCCUGAAAGUGUAGAAAAAAGGCUGAAGGAAUUUUGAGGGAACUUUCUGACUUUUAAAAAUCCAUCUAAAUUUAAAUACUUAGUAAAUUUAGGGUGUUAUUAAAGGUAAUGUUUAAACAUUUUUAAAGUAAGAAUCCUGGUUUAUAA